AUGCUGCGGCUUCUCCUAUUUACAACAACCUCACUGGUGGUUACAGGUGGGCGGGGGUUUUUUCGCUGAAAAUUUUGAGAAUUUUUUGGGGAAAAACUGAAAUUUUCUGAAAAAAUUAAAAAAAAAUUUAAAAAAAAAAAAAUUAAAAAAUUUUUUUUGCGUGGCCGAACUUUUGAAAUUUCUAGGCCACAAUCACGAAACACUGAUUUUUGAAUCAAAAACGUACACGACCAUUUUUACUCCAAUAGAAAAUUGUCCCUCGUGUCAGACGAGAGACGACGAGAGUCUAAUGACGUCAUCAAAGACAUCGCUUCAAGAUAUUUUUGAAAAAAGUGUGUGUGCCUUUGAAAAAUACUCUCGCCGUCUGGCGUCUGACUCAAAGGGCCGUGCCUAUACUCACAAUAAUCAUCUACCAAUCGUUUUUCAGCCUACGCUGGUUGCGAAGACGCGGAUCCAAAAUGCAGUGAAUGGGCAACAGCCGGCGAAUGUUCCUCAAACGCAGUUUGGAUGAUGGCAAACUGCCGUAAAUCCUGCCAUUCAUGCCAGGGCGGCGAUACCGCCUGGAAACUGCGAACCCACAUUCAAUCCACGUACAAAAAUGUGACGGACAAUAUCACUCGUCAAGUUCGCGUUGAAAGUGUUCCGAAUCAACAAUGUUGA